GGCGAAAUAGGAAGGAAGGCAAUCUCCUGGCUCUGGGGUCACCCUGGGCUUGAAACCAGGUGUCAAUGGAAGCCCCCUUCAGAAAGUCUUCCAUAAAAGUCCUGUUUGGAUUUCAAGCUUGGGAGCAGUUGCUAUAGCUACUGUGGCAGACGGCACCUUGCAGGUUGGUUUCCAUACAAGCUUGGUUACUAUUUAACAUCUCCACCCACAUUAGGUCUGAUUAAGUGAAUCAAUAAGAUAACAGGCAAGGCAGGGCUCCUCACCCGAACUCCCUCCCUCCUCCGCCCAGCUUCUUUUCUUGUCAUUUCACACUUUCUCAGUUUUCCUCUAGAUUUAUGCCGAUGAGAAAUGGUCAAUGUCACCCCACAGCUAAGUGCUAAAAUGGAGGCUCCUUAUGAUACCUCCCCCUCAGAAGCAUCAAACCUCAACGCCUCCAACAGCAUUGGGGCCAGCGUCUUGUGUGCCAUUUGUGGGGACCGUGCAACUGGGAAACACUACGGCGCCUCCAGCUGCGAUGGCUGCAAAGGGUUUUUCAGGCGAAGCGUCCGAAAGAACCACAUGUACUCUUGCAGGUUUAACAGGCAGUGUGUUGUGGACAAGGACAAAAGAAACCAAUGUCGAUAUUGCAGGCUAAAGAAAUGCUUCCGAGCAGGAAUGAAGAAAGAAGCCGUACAGAAUGAACGUGAUCGAAUCAGUACUCGUCGAUCCAGCUAUGAAGACAGCAGUUUGCCUUCCAUUAACGUUUUGCUGCAAGCAGAAGUCCUUUCACAACAGAUGUCAUCGCCGAUUUCCAUGAUCAGUGGAGAUAUCAGAGGGAAAAAGAUUGCCAAUAUUGCAGAUGUCUGUGAGUCCAUGAAGCAACAGUUGUUAGUACUGGUGGAGUGGGCCAAGUACAUCCCAGCCUUCUGCGAGCUUCCGCUGGAUGAUCAAGUGGCUUUGCUACGGGCACAUGCAGGGGAACACCUCUUACUGGGAGCGGCCAAGCGGUCGAUGAUCUUCAAAGACAUAUUACUUCUAGGAAAUGAUCACAUAAUCCCCAGGAACUGUCCAGAAUUGAUGGAAGUCAGCCGUGUGGCCGUGCGAAUCCUGGAUGAACUUGUACUGCCUUUCCAGGAACUGCAGAUUGAUGAUAAUGAAUAUUCAUGUUUGAAAGCCAUCAUCUUCUUUGAUCCAGAUGCAAAAGGCCUCAGCGACCCCACCAAGAUCAAAAGGAUGCGGUAUCAAGUUCAAGUCAGCCUAGAGGACUACAUCAACGAUCGGCAGUAUGACUCCCGGGGACGCUUCGGAGAGCUGCUGCUUCUGCUGCCGACCCUCCAGAGCAUCACCUGGCAGAUGAUAGAGCAGAUCCAGUUUGUCAAGCUCUUCGGCAUGGCCAAGAUCGACAACUUGCUGCAGGAGAUGCUGCUGGGGGGGUCAUCGAGCGAUACGCCUCAUGCUCACCAUCAUGCUCUGCACCCACACCUUAUCCAGGAGAAUCUUGGGACAAACGUCAUUGUGGCCAACACAAUGCCUGCUCAGAUCCACAAUGGGCAGCUGUCCACUCCUGAAACUCCUCAACCUUCCCCACCAUCUGGCUCAGGAGCUGAACAAUACAAGCUACUUCCUGGGGCCAUCACAGCUGUAGCCAAGCAGCCCAGCUCGAUCCCUCAACCCACCAUCACAAAGCAAGAGGUCAUCUAGCAUCCAACCGAAUGAAUCCACCCAUUGUCACAAAGACCCUGCAAAGGGACUGGGGGACAGACCCCCUGAUUCUCACCUUGAUCACUCUGGAUGUGGAAUAUUCACUGAGAAAUCCCAGGGAACGGAGACACUGAUUCAUUCAUCAGGUACAGCAUGUAAAUGGAAUCUCUGCAUGCAACCGUUAGAACAUCGAUGCCUGAGCAUUGCAGAAUUGGUGCAUUGGUCAUGAUGGAUGCCUUAUUCGUAGAGCUGGAUUCCAUUCUUCACACUGCAUGGUGGACUGUUGAAACAAUUGCACUGACCUGCCUAUUUCUUCACUGCCACUGAGUUGUUCACUUUUUUAUUUUUCCACCAAUCUGACUAUUUGGAAGGGAGGGGAA